GCUGCUCCUCCUUAUCGAUUAAAACGUUUCCUUCCAUUUGGGGAUUAAAAUUAGGGUUUUGGAGACUAUGGCCGAAUCCGUCUGUCUUGUGAGAUCCUUCUCUCAACCUUCGUCGUCGCACGAGGUGAUUAUUCCUCGUGGUGUGCUUACGGAAUCUGUAUCGUUUGGUAGAUUUGCGUCAGAGAGUCUACAGUGGGAGAAAUGGUCAGCUUUUACUCAGAACCGUUACUUGGAAGAGGUUGAGAGGUUUACAAAGCCUGGCUCUGUGGCUGAGAAGAAAGCCUUCUUUGAAGCUCACUUCAAGAACCGAGCUUCUGGGAAGACAACAAAGAUCAAGACACAACAAGGAUCAAAUGGUGUUAAGGCUAGUCAUGAAGCCGUGUGUGAAGUAGUGAAAGAGAAUCUACCACUUGUGGAUGAAGAGGUGUGUUAUGUUGCUCCAUCAGUUUAUGUAACAGAUGGUGAUGUUGGGGAAGUGAAGGAUACGGUUGGUGAGAAUAUUGAUUCCAUGGCUGUUCUUGAAGACGAGGGUCUUGACAAGGAGAAUUAUACUUCUUUGAGCAAAGAGAGGCGUCCUAGUUCUUCUUCUAUGGCUGUUCCUCUAGACGAGGAUCUUGACAAGGAGAAUUAUACUUCUUUGAGCACAGAGAGAUGUCCUAGUUCUUCUUCUAUGGGUGUUCCUGAAAACGAGAAUCUUGACAAGGAGAAUUCUACUUCUUUGAGCAAAGGAAGACGUCCUAGUUCUUCAGGAUCAAAGACCUGCAGUAGAAGUUCAAUUCCGGAACCUCCCCUUACUAAUCUGCCAAUUAAGAAAGCCAGGAAAGAGCCACUUUCAACUAGGAAAAGGUCUACUAGUGUAUCGAAAAAACAAAGCAGAUCACCACCUCCUCACCCCUUUAACAUGUCAACCAAUUGUGCUCCUUCUGGUAAUGCCGACAAAAAGAUAUCUCAGGACGGGUCUAGAAACAGUACCAAUGUGAAGGACGCAUGUAAAGCAGACAAGAAGGAGAGAUCAGGUCCAAGUUCAGUUCACAUGCCACUCAACUCUGCUACCUCUACUCGUCAAACGACCAAAACAGCUCCAAAAAAGCUAGCAAGAAGAUCCACUACACAGGAAACAAAUUCAUCAAAUGCUGUAAGCAGUAUAAAGCCAAAGGACAACGAACCAACAGUAGCUUCAAAAAGCCGCAGGAGACCAUUGUCUAGAGCAGACAAAGAAGAAUCAGAUGCUCCAAAAUGUUCAACCAGAGCCUCUGUUUUCAGGCUACCAGGACUUCCUCCUCCCAGGGUUCGGCCAUCAGACGAGAAAAGGAAAAACAUAACUGUAAGUAGCUCAGUUUCUUGCAGAAUACCCAACAAUGUGCAAAGACAGCCUUCUGUCAGCUGCGAAAAUCUUUCAACUCAUAGCAGAACCAGAGAGAAGUCUUUCACUGUUUCUACUCCCUUCAAGUUCAGAAGUGAUGAACGGGCAGAAAAGAGGAAAGAGUUCUUCAAGAAGGUAGAAGAAAAGAAAAAGAUAGAGGAUGCUGUCAAAGAGCAAUCGUCUUGUGGUGUUCAGGCACCAGUGAUAACUCUGACUUCACCAAGAUUCCGCAGGAAUCAAACUCCAGGAAGAGAGAACAAACAAAAGUCUCGUGAAUCUCCCCAUAAAGUUGCCUCAGUGAAGAUUACAAACACCAGAAAUCCAUCGAUUGAGAAACACAAACGCUGCAAGAUUCACCCCUCGCUGACAAAGAAGAAAACACAAGAAGAUUCGUCUCCUAAUGUUCUCUAGAAGUAAGAUUGCAUUGCAUACGUCAGAGACAAAUCCAACCAAUCAUAUGUUUCGUUUCCUCUUCUUCAACACAGCUGAUUUAAGAUUAUACCAGAGGAUCAUCAUGAAGAUUUAGCAUUUCACGUUGAAGAUUACGAAAGUUUGUAGUUUCAGCAUGUAACCUUGUCAAGCUUAUGAUAUAGGUAACUAGCCCUUGAUGCAAACUGUAUAACGUAAGCUUUUAAGGAGCUGUAGUGGAAUAGAUAGAACUUAAUUCACCAAAUAAGUAUGUACUCUAUAGUUCUUUUAACUAUGACUGAGCAAAGUUCUUCUCUUUUUUCUUUGUGUAUGAGUUUUAGUACUGUUUCACUUUCAAUAAGAAAGAGCCA